AUGGUUCUGCUGGCAAAAAUCACGAGUUUGGUAAUUGCCGUUGGUUGGUACUGCUUCGCAUUAAGAAGCGCGCUUGCCACGGUGCGUGCACGACGAACGACUGUCAACAGGAUCACGUCAUUGAAGUUGGCAGCAGCUUGGGGCAUUGCACAGAAAUUCUACACGCCAGGCGCGAGCAGGGAUUCAGAGUUGCAGUCAGUUCUGGUCCCAAAGUGCUUGCCAACACUCUCGCACGAAGUGGCCGUGCUAGUAACCUGCCUUGUGGAUCUCCGGUCCUCGCAGCACACUGGCAGAGCGGCUGACGUACUCGGUCUCGACGUGUCUGUUGCCCAGCUGGCCGAAAGCCGCCGCCGAGUUCCAGGGGCUGAGUUUGACUUUCUUGACAUCUUUGAGGAGGCAGACCGCUUGGCGGCGCUUCCAGCUGCAGCUCGCUGCAAGAAGGUAUUUCUAGAUAUUGGUGGUGAUCGCCAGAAGGUGCAGGUUUUGCAUGCGAUCGACAUCUUGCGACGCUGCAUGCCGAAUGUGCAGUUGAUUGUGGUGAAAUCGGAGGAGCUCCACAGUGCCAUGGCUUCCUGGACGGGGUGUGCAAGCAGUGCCAGCAACGGUGAAGGUGUUUACCUGGAGCGGCCUUGCGAGUUUCUACACUCCGCUGAAGGCUCCGCCGCACCUUUGCGCCUCCCAAAGCAGCGCCGCGCCACCCGGGUCAGGUCGCUGGUGCAGAACCAGCUUCUGGCUUCGGCAGACCCCGAGAGGUGGUUCUCUCGACGAGAGAUCGAGGCUGCGCUCCCGUCCUUUUCAAACAUCCGUGGCUUUUGCUUGGUCCGAGAUGAGGAAUUGAAUGCGGAGCUGGCAACCUGCCUUUUCCUGCAUCACGAACAAAAUCCACUGUUCCUGGAUCAUGCAGUGUGUUGCAUUUACGCCGACGACAAAGAGGUCGAGGCAUUGAUGCAGCGUUGUGGCAAGCAUGCGAUACCCGUCUUUUGGGGUCAGGGUGGAGGAGCUGUGAUGCAGGAGUUCCUUGGAUCUUACGAGAUUGUUGACAUGUUGCCAUUGAGCCACAGCCUCUACGAGGCUCCUGCUUUGUGUGAGCAUCUUCAAGGGCUCCGUCGUCGCUCUCGCAGGCCAAUGACUGGCCCACAGCUGCUGCAGAUGAAGUAUGUCGAGGCAGCACGGGAGUCGACAUAUCCAGAGCAUCCCUGCAAGUGCAGUGAUCCAUCUGCAUGGCUGCAGGAGAUCUUGAGACGUGUGCACUGGCAUGAAAAGGCGGCGCAAGUUGGGGACGUCGCAUGCAAUACACUUCCAUCGCUUCCGUUCAUGGCUCUGCCGUGCUCAUCUACAAAGCUGCACAGGCAGAUCGAGGUGCGCCGCGGCCGAGGACAAAAUCAAAUCAGGAAGCAUUCAAACUUAAAAGGUGUAUACCACUAUGAUCCCUUGCCGUUGCUGGUUUGCUUCAUUGCGUUGCUGACGAACCACGACCCCGUCAAACCCCAUCACACCUCAGAUCAAAUCAUUUUGCGCGUACUGGUAGUUGUGUUGGCUUCAUUGCAGCGUGACUUUGACUUGACUCUGCGCCAGGCAUGCUAUCCUGGACCUCACGCUUGCCGUUUGCAUCCGUUUGCAAGCAGCAAUCCGUGUCGUUAUUGGAGAUCCCACCAAUCACGCCCGUCGAUUCACCGAUAA